AUGCGACAACUUGCGUCGUCUAACCAUUUACCGACCUUGAAAGGAAGGACGGCUGAGUUCAAAGACUUGAACCCGGGUCGUGGGAAUGUCGGUAUGGUGUUUCCAUGGAGCUGCAUUCAGACCGAGGAUGAAACUUCGAGUCGCAACUGUUUGACUGGAUAUAAAAAAGACAAGAACAAUUUUUCUCCACCUAGUCAGAUGUCAGAUGGGAUUGUGGAACGUUUCCACCCAACACUAACUGAACAUUUGGCCAAAAUAGUUGACAAAAACCAAAAAGACCUGAAACGACGAACACCAUGCCAAAGUGCCAUCCACACAACUACUGGGGAGACACCCUCAAAGAUCCUUUUUGGAAACACACAGUUCGAGGAGGAACUAGAAUCUUCUGACAGCGAGGACGUUCGAGAAGCGUCGGUAAAACAGCAAGCCACCAAAAAAAGUUUAACAUACAAAAACGCCUCUUCUUGGAAUCAAACUUUAAAAGCCCAGCUAACGCAUAUUUUCAACUUUAUCAACUCAAAUUUCAACAACAUGGAUGAAUUCACAAUCGCAUUUAAAAACAGUAAAUGA